UUUUUUGAGAGAGAGAGAGAGAUGGCCCAAGUGAGCAAAAUCUGCAGCAAUGGAGCUCAAAGCAUCAAUCUUUUGCCCAAUGUUUCCAAACCCCAAAUGCCCAGAUCAUCAAAUUUUCUCCCAUUGAAGUCCCAGUUUCUGGGUUCCUCAAAUUCUUUGAGUUUGAAGCUGAAAAAUGGGUUUGUGGGCAGUUGGACCGUCGGUAAAGUCAGGGUCGAUCCGCUUACAGUUGCUGCUUCAGUUGCCACGGCAGAGAAGCCGUCCACGGUUCCGGAGAUUGUGCUGCAACCCAUCCAAGAAAUCUCGGGCACCAUAAAGUUGCCGGGUUCCAAGUCGUUGUCGAAUCGAAUUCUGCUGAUUGCUGCUCUCUCUGAGGGAACAACUGUUGUUGACAACUUGUUAGAUAGUGAAGAUAUUCAUUAUAUGCUUGGUGCAUUGAAAACCCUUGGGCUGAAUGUUGAAGAGGACAAGGAAAACAGGCGAGCAGUCGUGGAGGGUUGUGGUGGUCGGUUUCCUUUGAGUAAUGAAUCCGUAGAUGAAGUGCAACUAUUCCUUGGAAAUGCUGGAACAGCAAUGCGGCCAUUGACCGCUGCAGUUGUUGCUGCUGGUGGACAUGCUAGGUAUGUACUUGAUGGGGUGCCCCGAAUGAGGGAGAGACCAAUCGGAGACUUAGUUGAUGGUCUUAAGCAGCUUGGUGUGGAUGCUGAUUGUUUUCUUGGAACAAACUGCCCUCCUGUCCGUGUGAUUGGAAAGGGAGGCCUUCCAGGGGGGAAGGUGAAGCUCUCUGGAUCAAUUAGUAGUCAGUACUUGACUGCUUUGCUUAUGGCAGCUCCUUUGGCCCUUCAAGAUGUUGAAAUAGAGAUUAUUGAUAAACUAAUUUCCAUUCCGUAUGUGGAAAUGACUUUGAAGUUGAUGGAACGCUUUGGGGUCUCAGUGGAACACAGUGAUAGUUGGGAUCGGUUUUUGAUCCGAGGAGGUCAAAAGUACAAGUCUCCUGGAAAUGCUUUUGUUGAAGGCGAUGCUUCAAGUGCUAGUUACUUUCUAGCUGGUGCUGCUGUCACUGGUGGGACUGUCACUGUUGAAGGCUGUGGGACAAGCAGUUUACAGGGAGAUGUAAAGUUCGCUGAAGUUCUUGAAAAGAUGGGUGCUAAAGUUACGUGGACAGAGAAUUCUGUCACAGUUACAGGACCUCAACGACUUUCUUCUGGAGGAAAACACUUGAAAGCUGUUGACGUCAACAUGAACAAAAUGCCAGAUGUUGCCAUGACUCUUGCUGUAGUUGCUCUUUUUGCUGAUGGACCAACUGCCAUAAGAGAUGUGGCAAGUUGGAGAGUGAAGGAGACAGAAAGGAUGAUCGCCAUAUGCACUGAACUAAGAAAGGUUCGUUUUAGUUGGCUGCCCUCACACUUGAUAUUCCCACACCUUCAUAUGCUUAUUACUUCUCUAACAUUUUUCGGACCUAAAUUUCAGCUGGGAGCAACUGUUGAAGAGGGACCAGAUUACUGCAUAAUCACACCGCCAGAAAAAUUAAACGUGACAGCAAUAGACACAUAUGAUGACCACCGAAUGGCCAUGGCUUUCUCUCUUGCUGCCUGUGGAGACGUUCCAGUUACUAUCAAGGAUCCCGGUUGUACCAGAAAAACAUUCCCCGAUUACUUUGAAGUCCUCAGGAAGUUUACCAAGCAUUGAACAGCGGUUAUAAGAUAUAUUUAUCUGUAGAUAGGGAGAGAGAGGGAUCGUCCUUGUGCCUCUACAGCCAAAGCAGUGCAGAUGGAAGCCACACUUGUUUCGGUUUCUCUUUAUUCCCCUGUAAUUUUGGAUGAUUUGUAUUUGCAAGUUGAGCUCGUUAUUGUUUCUAAUAUUUGUGAUGCGAUUCUACUCAAUAAUAGUGAUUCAUGAUUUGGUUCGUGGAUCUUCUUUUGUA